AUGUCUCGCACUAGUCAUUCGUUUGUGCCGGGAACUUUCCGUCUAUUGUUCCUAUGGCUUUCACUCCUUAACUUUUUGCUUCCCAUCAGCGCAUCGCCCGCGCCCGCUACCUCCGAUCGAAAGCUCGCUAAGCGGGUGAGGCAAGCGUUUCCUUACUUCGACGACAGUUAUGAAGGCCGUGCCGAUAAGGGCGAAUGGUUGAAGGGUCUCCUGCCACUGGAUCCAGCAAAGGCGCAAGAAUACAACGGCGGACAAACAGUUGCCAGUCCAUUCCAGGAGCCGGAAGAAGUUCUGCAAUGGGGCUGGACACCGAAUGUCUAUUUCUUCCCAUACGCAGGCGGUCGCGCGCCUGAUUAUGGGAACCUGCUGAGCCCCGCGUUCGAGGACCCAGCUUUGCCGGUCGACGCAACGCAAAACACAUUGUGGAAUCUCGUCCAUGACCGGGAGUUCAAGAAGGCGAAUGGCCAAACAGGAUAUCCCACGAUGGCGCAUUACACCAACGUCGUGAAUCCAAAGUCUGGUGUAUUCAUUUUCGACUCAAACUUCAGCCCUACCUAUGCAAAGAGCGUGAAUAAAAAAGGAGAUGUCCCUGACUUGGACACUUCAUCUGAUAUUGCCUACUUCCAGUGGCGAGACGGCUGUCUAGCUGGAGGUGACGAUCCCAAGAAUCUCAAGGCCGUUUUUCAUUCGCACGUUAUCUACAACAAGACUUUCCAGAUUGUGAUGGAGGCCUUGCGUAGGGCAAAAUAUACCCAGGUCCCUGAAUGGGGCCAACGAGUUACAUUCAAGAUGGAUACCGACGAGGGUCUUGCUAUUCUGGGAAGCACUCACGGUUCUGCAACAGCCUGGAUGCUGAGCCAGCACAAGGAGGUGCUUGGGGUGAAGGACAUCACGGAAGUGGUAAUAUGGUCAUCAAACGGGGCGUUCGAGCUCACGCGGAACCCGAAUUUGGCUUACCUGUGCUUGAAGUUCACAGUCGUCAGCGUUUAG